AUGAAGCCCGUCAUUCUGUACACCGCGGGCACGCCCAACGGCCAAAAAUGCUCCAACUUCACCGAAGAACUCCGCUCGGCCUACCCUGACUUUCAAGUGGAAUACGUUCCCAUCAGCCUGGGCAAGAACGAACAGAAAGAAGCCUGGUUUCUCGAAAUCAACCCCAACGGUCGAAUCCCCGCAUUAAAAGACCCCAAUAGAGGCGGCCACUGCGUCUUCGAAAGCGCUGCGAUCAUCCUUUAUCUCGAAAAAUACUAUGAUCCAAAACAUAUCUUUAGUUGGACGGAUCAAGGAGAUGGCAUUGAUAAACGCUCUGAGGUGCUUAGUUGGAUCUUCUUUGUCCAUGGUGGAAUUGGUCCGAUGCAAGGUCAAGCAAACCACUUCGUCCGAUAUGCACCAGAGGACAUACCAUACGGCAAAACACGCUACGUUGACGAAACUAAACGGCUCUAUUCCGUUCUCGAUUCUCGGCUUCGUACCCACCCCUGGCUUGUCGGUGACAAGUACUCCAUCGCCGAUAUCAACGCCUAUCCUUGGUUACAGUACUACAAAUGGGCUGGCUUGGAGGAUGAAGAUGUUCCCCAAAGCGUCAAAGAUUAUAUCGAUAGAAACUGGGAAAGAGCAGCGGUGAAGGAGGGGAUGAAGGUUCCAGGUGGCAACUUGGAGUGGAUCGAAAAAAUGAGAAGCAAAGAUUUCUUUGAGAAACAUGCGGACGAGGCUGAGAAGAAAGCAGCUGAGGCCUCAAAGUGGAUUCAAGAUGCAAUGAAGAAAGAUCCCCAGUCGAAGGUUUAA